AUGUCUGGUGAAGACGAUACUCAAGAAAGGUUAUCUCGGCUUAAACAAUAUCUUGAGUCAUCGUCAGCUUCUCGUUCUUCAAGGAUUAUUACCGAUAAUCCGCUUUUUCAACGUCUUGCUCCACAAGAUAAUCCUGUUAAAGUGCCAUUAUCGUCUGACAAUGAAUCUGAUUCUGACGAUUCAGUUCGAUCCUAUAAAACAGUGGCCCAGCAAAGGACAUUGAAAGAGUUGGCAGCGCCAAAUCUUGACCAACAACCACUAUGCAUCCAAUAUCCACCGUUGGAUGUAAACUUUGAGCUGAAGUCGGGCCUCAUCCACUUAUUGCCUUCUUUCCAUGGGCUGCCUGGUGAGGAUCCGAAUAAACAUUUGAAGGAGUUUCAUAUUGAUGCAGCUAAAGAGUGGUUGUACUAUCUUCCACCUGGUACUGUUGAAACUUGGAAUGGUAUGAAGACUAUGUUCCUAGAACGAUACUUUCCAGCAUCUAAAGUUGGAAGCAUCAGGAAAGAGAUCUGUGGUAUAAGGCAGUAUACAAGAGAGUCUUUGUAUGAAUAUUGGGAGAGAUUUAAGAGGUUGUGUGCUAGUUGCCCUCAUCAUCAGAUAAGUGAACAGCUCCUCAUUCAGUACUUUUAUGAAGGAUUACAAUCACUGGAUAGGAGUAUGAUUGAUGCAGCCAGUGGGGAUCUUGUUCCACCUCCCAAAUCAGCUAAUGAAGUGAGCUCCUCUAAUGCUAAUCAGCUGGGUCAACAAUUGGCUCAAUUAACUGCAGUGGUCCAACAACUAGCUUUAAGCCAACAGGUGCGGCCAUGUGGAAUCUGUCAAGUUGUGGGGCACCCUACUGACACUUGCCCUACUCUAGUGGAGGGAGAAACUGAGGGUGUUAACGCUGUAGGAAAUUUCCCUAGUCAAUUACGUCAGAUGUAUUAUGAACCAUCUUCACAAACUUAUAAUCCUGGCUGGCGUGAUCAUCCAAACCUUCGGUAUGGGAAUCUACAACAAAUUGCUCCACAACCAACAUCAGCGAGACCACCUGGUUUCACUUUGCAACAGCGGUCUCAAAAUAAUUUUGUACCUAAACCAUCACAACCACCACAAGCUGCUCCACCACCAAGUGUCAAACCUUCUACUGAGGAUUUAAUCAAUGCACUUGCUACAAAUACUCUUCAAUUUCAGCAAACCACCCAAGCUUCCAUCAAAAGUUUGGAGAAUCAAGUGGGACAAUUAGCAGCAUCAUAUAACAGGUUGGAAGCUCAUCUGUCAAAUAAAUUGCCUUCACAACCUGAGAUGAAUCCUAAGGAGAAUGCUAGUGUAGUAACUUUGCGAAGUGGGACACAAUAUGUUCCACCUAGUCCUCCAAUGCCCAGUAAAUUGUCAUCCAAGCCACAAGUUGAUUGCUCAGUUAAUGAAGAUGUUCCUCCAAAGCCAACCACCCCUACACAACUAAGCCCUAAGCCUACUUUUGUCAUUCCACCUCCAUUCCUAAGCAGACUAAAGAAGACUAAAAAGGAAGAGGUUGACAAGGAAAUUCUUGAUACAUUAUGA